AUUACAUAAAGGACAACCGCUUUUCUUGUUAGCAAAGCCUUCGUUCCAAAUCAGCUCAAAAAAACAGAAAAAAGGAUCACGUGAUUCGGCCUCGCACUACGGUUCAAGUGUGCUGCUUUCAACGCACCAAAAUCAUCAUGUCCAGGACAGUUCUGGUUACUGGAGCCACCGGAAAGCAGGGCGGUGCUGUCGUUGAUGCUCUCCUCGCGCAGAAGGACCAGAACUGGACCAUACUCGCAGUUACGCGAAAUCCAAAUUCGGAAGCCGCCCAGAAACUCGCCGCCAAGUCAUUCAACGUCAAGCUCGUCGAGGGAAACCUCGAUAAUGUUCCUGAUUUAUUCGACGCUGCGCAAAAAAUAUCCGGCCCCAUAUGGGGUGUGUUUUCUGUGCAGGUCAGCCAGGGGAAGGGUGUGACUUUGGAAGGUGAGAUCAAACAAGGCAAGGCCAUGGUCGACGAGAGUGUCAAGUCGGGUGUAAGCCACUUUGUAUAUUCCAGCGUGGACCGCGGUGGAGAUGACGUGAGUUGGGAAACGGAAACUCCAAUCCCUCAUUUUCAGGCAAAGUAUCACCUGGAUAAGUACUUGAAAGAGCGGGCAGGGGACAAAAUGGGUUGGACAAUCUUGAGACCAGUCGCUUUCAUGGAUAACUGGCAACCUGGUUUCCCAGCCCGUGUAUUUAUGGCCGCUCUGAGCAACAAUGUCGGCACAAAGCCCAUCCAGUGGAUCGCGACCUCAGAUAUUGGUUAUUUUGCGGGUCUUGCGUUCGCGUCCCCAAAGACCUAUAAUCACCAAGCUAUUUCUCUGGCGGGGGAUGUUCUAAAUGUACAAGACCUGGUCAAAAAUUUCAGAGAUGUCGUCAACGCGAACAUGCAGCCAGCUUUCUGGAUGCUUGGAAGCUUGCUGACCACUCUUGUGGGUGAGAUGGGCACCAUGGUCCGAUGGUUCGGCACAGAUGGAUAUAAAGCCGACGUGGAAAUGUGCAGGAAGAGACACCCCAGCCUCAAGAGUUUCGAAACGUGGCUUAAAACAGACAGCCCUUUCAAAUUAUAGGCCUGCGUUUUAGAAUGUGGGCUUGGACUAGGAGUCAGAAACGCACACUUUGUGCUAGUGGA